UUGAGAAAUUCUUGGAAAGCUUUGAAAAACUUCCACAUAAUGGUGCAUGAUCAGGCUACACGCUAUCAACAUGUUCAACCAGGCCCAGCAGCCUAUGAUUCGGUAUACAGGGAAGCUUUGGAUUACCUUAAUGGGGCUGUGCUUCAGCUGUCAUCAAGUCCAAAUUUGUUGUCCACACAAAGGACAGCAAGGGAGCUCCAAAAAACUGCUGAAUACUUGGCUCAGUUGAGACUAGAAGAUGAACUGUUCAGCCAAGCUUCACCUAAGUGGCGUGAGAAAUUUGCCGAAAGAGAGAUCGUGACACAGAAACAGGCACUGUUAAGGAUAAAAGAAAAGUUAACCGAUCCUGGUGGUCAAUUUUUGCCACGGUAUCGUACAAACAUGGAUCACGGCAAUGCCCACUGUAAUACCGAACAGUGCGCAACUGCUGAGUUGGCUAGACCACAUGGACAAGAUGAGGGCAUUGGUUGGACUGAUACCUCGAUUCGAGCAGCUCACGAGUGGGCCGAGCGGGAACUGGUUGGGUUGAAUACGGAACUAGAACCGUUGGCAGAGGCUGCUAAGAAAAGGAUACGGCAGUAUUCAGAUGAAAUGGACAUCACUAACAGAUAUGGUGGAUAUCGUCGAAACAUGGGCUAUAUGAAAAAACGCAACCCGGAAGAUCUGAAAGCUUUGGAAAAUACACUUGACACAAGCAUUGGCCCACCGAUGGCCCCCAGAUGGCACUUAGGCCCAGAAUGGAUACGAGCCGAAGCUGUUGGAACACAGAACUAUAUGGCCCCCGGAGAUGAUGCAGAUUGUCAUGUGGAUCGUGCUCAGUUUAUGGAACGGUACAAACUUCCACAGGAUAAGAUAAAAGCUGCGGGGAUCGAGGCAAGUUUUCCGGGAAGAUCAGAAUAUCAGGAUGAAUAUCUUACUCCUACAUUUGUUGAAACUGGUAUGGUAAGUGUGUUGCCCCCAGCAACUCAUAGAUCCACGUUCGAACAACCUGUCGGAGUCCGUGGUCGCGGGUCAAUGGUAGGUAUCGACCCAGUGCAAGUACAACUCAAGGGAUAUGGUGUCAACCCAACACCAAAUUACCUGGCUGCUUUUGACGGUGCGGUACCAAUGUCUCGAGAGGUUGAACCGUUCCCUGUAUCGGAAACAAAGGAUAGCUAUCGCUGGCCCGAAAAGUCUAAACCAAAAGACGUUUUUUUGAGCAUGGAAUAA